CUGUAUAGUACUCAUAAUAAUACCUGUUGACUGCUAGGAGUGGAUUGUCUUUGGAAAUUUGCUUUAGAGGUUAAUAAUUUUAGGGUGAUUGUAGUCCUCUAUUUAAAGUUGCCGUUAGACGUGUAAUUUUAUCCAUUCCUUCCCAGUGAUUUCAGAAAAUCUACCAUCUCGUGCCUUCAAGGAUGUCCAACUCACCAAUCGACACGAAUUGUAUGACGCUGACUCGCCAUGUCCUUGCUGAACAGAGGCGUAUCCCGGGCGCUACAGGAGACUUAACCCAAUUGCUUAAUUCGUUGCAAUCUGCUGUUAAGGCUGUUAGUUCUGCAGUUCGUAGAGCUGGAAUUGCCAAUUUGUAUGGCAUUGCUGGCCAAGUCAAUGUGCAAGGGGAAGAGGUCAAAAAGCUUGAUGUUCUUGCAAAUGAAUUGUUUAUCAACUUGCUGAGAAGUUCAUUCACAACUUGUUUAUUGGUAUCAGAAGAAGAUGAGACUGUUAUUGAGGUUGAAACUGAGAAACAAGGCAAAUAUGUAGUCUGCUUUGAUCCAUUGGAUGGAUCUUCAAAUAUCGAUUGCCUCGUUUCCAUCGGAUCGAUUUUUUCAAUUUUCAAAAAAACUUCGGAUGGUGUUCCGUCGGUCAAAGAUGCACUGCAACCGGGGAGAAACUGCGUGGCUGCUGGAUACUCUUUGUAUGGCAGUGCCACAAUGAUGGUCUUAUCAACUGGUAACGGAGUUAAUGGAUUUCUUCUAGACCCCGCUAUUGGAGAAUUUGUGCUGACUGAUCCCAAUAUGAGAGUGAAACCCAGAGGAAAAAUUUACUCAAUUAAUGAAGGCUAUACACACAACUGGGAUAAAGCCAUUCAAGAGUAUGUGGCUUCAAAGAAACAGGGUGCGAAGCCUUAUGGAGCUCGAUAUGUCGGAUCGAUGGUCGCUGAUGUCCACCGCACGCUCAAGUAUGGUGGAAUAUUCAUGUACCCUGCCACAACCGACGCACCUCGCGGAAAACUCCGUUUGCUGUAUGAGAGCAUUCCAAUGGCAUUUAUCAUGGAGCAGGCAGGCGGCGCAGCAUCUACGGGUACUGUCCCCAUCCUGGAUAUACAACCAGAAAAAAUUCACGAACGUUGUCCAGUUAUUCUGGGAUCGAAAGAGGAUGUUCAAGAUGUACUUGACAUUAUCAAACGUCACGGUGAUCUAAAGUGAGAAUGCCGUGCACUUGGAGACUUCUAUCUCAAGCAGGACCAAAUGACGAGGCCUUUAACUUUUUGCACAGUUUAUUCACUGUUAAUUCCACCUCAAUCAAAAAUACCUACGAAUUUUUCUUACUUACAACUCUUUAAUCAUUACUAGGAAUGUUGGGUUACAAUAGAUUUACUAGGAAAAACUA